AUGGAGGAUGAGGAUCGAUUGUACCGACUAAAUGGCAUCGCUCACGUGGCAGGAUAUAUCGACGAAGAGCCUAGUAGGGUUAUUACAGCCGUUAGGCGGCAGCAGAAUAUGUCCUUACAUGACCGGAUUAUACCGUAUCUGGAGACUGCGGGCUUGUAUCAUCUUGCUAGGCUAAACAGUCAGUGGUUCUGGGUUGAUGAGUCUCUGCUUAGCGCAUUUAUUGAGCGGUGGCGUCCGGAGACCCACACGUUCCAUAUGCCGUUUGGUGAGUGCACCAUUACUUUACAGGAUGUUGCGUAUCAGCUGGGUUUGCCGAUUGAUGGUGCACCCGUUAGUGGGUGCUUGACUAAGUUUGAGAAUCUUAUGGAACACGGUAGACCAGCAUGGGUGUGGUUCCGGGAGUUGUUCGGGGAGUUACCUCCACAGAGUAAAGUGAAGCAGAUGACAGUGUGCUACACCUGGUUCCACGAGAGGUUCCGAGUUCUCCCUGCAGAUGCUACUGAUGAGACCGUGCGUGUAUACGCACGCGCUUAUAUCCUGAUGUUGUUGUCGUCUCAGCUGUUUGCGGACAAGAAUGCAAACAGGGUACACCUUCGCUGGUUGCCUUAUUUGACAUCAUUGGAUGACUUGGGCAGAUAUAGCUGGGGCUCCGCUGCACUAGCCUGGUUGUAUAGGUGUCUUUGUCGUGGUACAAACAGAAACGUCGUUAACUUGGCUGGGCCGCUACACCUACUACAGUCUUGGAUUUUCUGGAGGUUUCCCACUCUGAGGCCCACUGGUUUUGACCGGUUCGGUUUUUCGCUUGCUUCAAGGUGGGCCGAGUUUGUUCUGAGGAACGAUGCAGGGGCAUAG